CUCGACGCGACUGGUUCUGCGAGAAGUGACGGAGAAAAUAAAAGCAAAACGGUGAUCAGAGGCGUCUGUGACGGAGGCGGCGACGUGGAAAUGGCAUCCGGACCGUACUUUGUGGGCGUGGACGUGGGCACGGGCAGUGCGAGGGCGGCCCUGGUGAACGCAGAGGGGCGUGUCCUGGAGCAGGCGGUGCAGACCAUCAGGACCUGGAACCCAGAGCCGGGCUACUACAACCAGUCCUCCGAUAAUAUAUGGCAGUCCAUCUGCCAGGUGGUCAAGAAAGUCAUUGGCGGCGUCGAUAAGUCAGAAGUCAAGGGCAUUGGCUUCGACGCCACUUGCUCCCUGGUGGUUCUGGGCCCCCAAGGAUCGCCUUUGAGUGUGAGCAAGACGGGUGAGUCGGAGCAGAACGUCAUCCUUUGGAUGGAUCACCGAGCCGAGCAGGAAACGCAGGAGAUAAAUGCGUUCAAGAAUCCGCUUUUGAAGUACGUGGGCGGGCAGGUUUCGCUGGAGAUGGAGGUUCCGAAGCUCUUGUGGCUGAAGCGGAAUCUCUCGAAAACCUUCGGCAGCAUUUGGAGGGUUUUCGAUCUGCCCGACUUUCUCACCUGGCGAGCCACCGGCGUGGACACCCGAUCGCUCUGCUCCGUGGUCUGCAAGUGGAACUACGACGCGGCAGAGGGAAGCUGGAACAAGGAGUUCCUCGAACAGGCGGACUUGGAGGAGCUGACCCGGAAUAACUUCGAGAAGCUGGGCAGUGAUGUCCAGCCUCCGGGCAGAAAAGUGGGCAAGGGUCUCACGGCUAAGGCUGCCCAAGAACUGGGCCUUUCCGCGAACACUGUGGUGAGCACCUCACUGAUCGAUGCCCAUGCCGGCGCCUUGGGAAUGUUUGGCUGCCGCUCGAAGGACGCUCGAGGAGCGGACGAUGUCCAGGGCAAAAUGGCCUUGAUUGCUGGCACAUCCACCUGCCAUAUGAGCAUCACCAGACGGGCCUGCUUCGCCCAGGGAGUUUGGGGUCCCUAUCAGGAUGCCAUCAUACCGGGGUACUUCCUGAACGAGGGUGGCCAGAGCAUCGCGGGCCACCUGCUGGACCACGUCCUCAAGUCCCACGAAUCCUACGCUGAGCUGAAGGAGAAGCUGGGGGAGGACAGGUUCAUCUACCAGUACCUCAACCAGUUGCUGCCGCAGCUGGCGGCAGCCCGAGGACUCAGCCAAGUGAGCUGUCUAACCCAGGACAUCCACGUCUGGCCGGACUUGCACGGCAAUCGCUCGCCCGUCGCCGAUCCCACGCUGCGAGGAGUGAUCACUGGAUUGGACAUGACCCGAGGAACCGAAUCUCUGGCCCUUAAGUACUUGGCCUUCGUUCAGGCGCUGGCUUACGGCACUCGUCACAUUAUAGAGAACCUCUAUCAGUACGGCAGGGCCCCCUUCCAAACGCUCCUUUUCUGCGGCGGACUGGCCAAGAAUCCUCUGUACGUGCAAUGCCACGCGGAUAUCUGCAAUCUGCCCGGCUUAAUCCCCGACGAACAGGAAAUGGUUCUCGUGGGAGCCGCUGCCUUGGGAGCCGCAGCCUCGGGACAUUUUGAUAGCUUGGAGAGCGCCUCGAAAGCCAUGGGAGGCACUGGUCAGCUGGUGAAGCCAAACCAGGAGACCCUGGAGUUCCACAAUCGCAAGUACAAGGUGUUUCUGCAACUGCUGGAGAACCAGCGCCAAUACAGGACCAUUAUGCAGGGAGACACUAAAUAGUAGUAGCUUUUCGUUGUCAAGACUUUAAAUAAUUUUAAAAUAAAUGCCGCACUUGAGCAUUGUAACAAAA